AUGCCGACCCCGAAGACUGCCUGGAGGAAGAAGCCGGAGCCGGAGAACAACAAGCCCUGCCACCUGGGUGCCGACGAGCCCUUAUAUCGCAAGCCGCCUCUCGAGACGCAAGGGAUAAAGGCGGCUCAUACAUACUUUGAAAUAACUCAAGUCACGUCUGACCAAGUGGGCUGUGCCUCGCUGCCCCAUCGGUUCAUCUCCAAAUUCUUCGUCUCGGCCGCUUCCACCACGACCUGCUGCGACUCCGCGUCCCGGGCCGCCUCGGAUGUUUCCUCCGGCUCUUCCCAGCCCGCCGCCCUGCGCUGCCCCUCGUACGAGAACCGCCUGCUGGCCGGAUCCAGGACGGACCUCAAUGCCGCUCUGGGCAUGUACGGCUCGCCCUACGCCGCUGCGGCCGCCGCCAGCCAGGGCUACGCCAACUACCUGCCUUACAACGCCGACCCGUCCGCCCUCUACACCACGCUGAACUCCCAGUAUGAGAUCAAAGAAGGCACCUCAACUUUACAUCCGGGGAUUCCUCAGCCCGCCACUGCGUAUUACACCUACGAACAUUCCUUGGGGCAGUACCAAUAUGACAGGUAUGGAACCGUGGAUUUCAGCAGCUCGGCCAGGCGCAAGAACGCCACCAGAGAGACCACCAGCACCCUCAAGACGUGGCUGUAUGAACAUCGGAAGAACCCCUACCCUACCAAAGGCGAGAAGAUCAUGCUGGCCAUCAUCACCAAAAUGACCCUGACCCAAGUCUCAACUUGGUUUGCCAACGCCAGGAGAAGGCUCAAGAAAGAGAACAAGAUGACCUGGUCUCCAAAGAACAAAGCGGGAGAAGAGAGGAGAGAGGAGGACAGGAGGAAUGGGGAUGACUGUAGCAGUGAAAAUGAAGACAAAGAUCCUAAAAGCUGCAAAGAAGAAAAGGAGCUAAGGCUGAGCGAUCUGGAGGACCUGGAUGAUGAGGAACCGGAGACCAAGGCCGAAGCUGAGCCCAAGCAUCCCCAUCAAGAACGGCCUGUCAUGGUCAGCAGCGCCUUGGCCGAGUGUGAGAAAAACAACUGCGGCUUGACUCCGCCCAGCCAUUUCCGUGUCUUUUCUUGCACCAAGAGCGAUUUGCCAACGUCAGGGGACUUCCUGAGCCACAAGGGGGCUACCUUAGCAAGCAGCCUUGGAGGCCAUAGCCAACCCUACGAAACUCCAGAGAAGCCCAGGAUUUGGUCACUAGCCCAUACGGCGGGCGCCAAUGUGAUUGUGGGACCUGCGGUCAACUCUGGUCCGAGGACAGAAAGCCCAGAUUGUUUAGUGCUCAGGGGGAGGCUCCCUGGGGCCGGAGGACAAUGCGGCGAGGAGAAGACCCUGGGUGGCCUGGUGAGAACGCAACCCAUUCAUGACAAGGCCCUGGAGGAGUUGAGCCAACCGACCAAACUCUUUAGGAAUUCCACUUUCAACUUGCAGUCCAUCUCCCUAAACUGUGCUUCCUACCCCAUGCUGGGGGAGACCUGCCAAUACUCAGCCGGAGCUGAAGGCUUCUUGGGUAAGCUCGGGAGAUCAAGGAAGAAACAGCGCAAGCUGGUGAAGUGA